AUGAUAAAUUGGUGUCCGUCCAUAUGGAAUUCGGCCGAGUACAACGUCAUAGUGAUGGGACACGUGUGGCCUCCGGUUUCUGGUUGCGCUGUAAAAAAGGCUGAUCAGUUUAACCUUAAGUUGAUGAAUCCGCAAGGUGGUAGUGGAGGACACUGCUCAUAUAAAGGUAAUGCAUAUAUAAUAUAUGAUUAUCGAAUCCGGUAGACAAUAUAAUAUUGAUCUCAUAUAUUAAUCGAUAUUAAUUUAAUCGAACAAAUUUGGUUCAGCUUCCGGCCACUCAUAUUUUCCGGGUUAGAAUCAUACGGUUAUUCUAUAAAUAUUAGAGAUAUCGCAUAAGUUUAACAUUUUUAUAGUAGUUAUAUGUAUUACAAUAGUCUGUAUAAGAGUUAUCUUCAUUUUGAAAAAAAUAGUUUACCAGGUUUUACAAAGAAAAUAAAUGUAGAAAAACAUCUAUUAACAGCAAAGCUCUGUCAUAACACUUUUUUUCCUCGUCUAUGGUUUGUAUUAUAAAAAUAUANUGCUAGGGAGGUCACAAGUUUAAAAUCUCAGAAAGCACAUGUUUGUUUUGGCACUUACGCAAUACAUAUAUUUUAUUCCACUGGUUUUAUUUGGGGGCAGAUAAGGUCUGUAGGAGCGUUCAAAACCUGAAAAAUAUGAAAUCGGCGCCACCGGGUCGAUCGUUUGCCGCAAUACGAGAAAAAUAUUGAUUAACAGUAUGAUUUUUACACGGUAUUAAUAUAAUAUAUUGUUCAUAUUUUUUAUCUACAGACGAUUCAGACAUGGUCUCGACUCAUACGGCAUAUGAUUGCGUGACAUCGUGGAAGGCUCCUAGCGUAAACAUCAAUUCGAUUCCAAGCCGCAACUUGUCGUUUGCGUUAAUCCGCAACCAGUCGGCUGCCAAGUUAGGCAUACAGUCAUACCAAUGUGCUGUGAGUAUAUCUCGUCUAUAUCAUAUGUAUUAUAUACAAAAUAAAACCCAUAUUUAAAAACAGUAAUGAAAAUGAAUUUCAACCGUGUCGGUAUAAUAUUUUAGAUUCUAAGCGAAGCAAGGAAUGUUUUGGUUUUACAAUGAUGUUUUUUUACUUGUGUAUAAAUAUAUAUAUAUAUAUAUAUACAUAAACGAGUAUUGUAUGUACCGUGUACAACAAUUCUACAGAAAAUUUUACUCCAAUACUUUUUAGAUUAUGAUAUAUUAUCACCGGGUGAUCGAUCUAUCAUUAAACACUCAUAAUCUCAAAAAGUAUUAAUUUUUCCGGAAUUUGUUUUGAGAACAUUUAAAAAGCAAGGUGAUCUACAAUUUUAUAUUUAUGUUAUUUUUUGUCAUUUCUAUAUUUAAGGGUGAAACCACUUCCUAUUUUUAAUUUUUAAGUAGCAACAUAUAUUAAAAAUUCCAUAAAUAGAGAUGAAGUAUUAAUUAGAUUAAAUUUUGGUGUUGACAUUUUUGAUUUUCUUCAAUCCGUUGACGAAAUAUUUCACUUUUAAGUUUCAGGGGAAAGAGAGUAGUAGAGUAUUAUUUAUGUGGCGAUACGGUGCGCGAUAUAUUAAUGCACCACUGCCCAAACCAAACUUAAAAAUGGAAUAUUUCAUCAACGGAUUGAAGAAAAUCAAAAAUCUCAACACGAAAAUUUAAUUUAACUAAUGCAUUAUCUAUUUAUGGAAAUUUUAAUACAGAUUGCCAAUUGAAAAUUAAAAUUGGUUUUAUUCUCAAAAAUAAGAGUGACAAAAAAAUAACAUAUAUUUAAAAUUGUACAAAGGAUUGUUGCUUAAAUAUUAUAGAAAAAACAAAUUCUGGAAAAGUUAAUACUUUUGAGAUAAUUUGUGUCGUUUGAUAGAUUUUAUCUUAUCGGUACUUAAAGGGAUUAUUUUUUUUAUUUUCCAAGCGGUUAUCAUAAUGAUUGUGAAAAACGUAGGGAAAACGGACAAUUAGUAACGGCAUAACGAUUUUAUGGUUUUACAUUUCUGAAACUUAUGUUUUCUAUUAGGUAUCUUGUUUUAAUUAAAAAAUGACAAAAGAACUUUCUUAUCGAAUUUCGGAACUAGUCGUUAAUUAAAAAAGUAGUUUUCCGAUUUACCGUGUAGUAUUUUUAAUAAUUGAGCAAUAACGUAUGAAGAAAUGGAAAACUUACAAUAAUAAUGCUUUUAUUAUUUUCAAUUUGGUUUUUUGUUUUGUUAUAAUUCAGAUGAAAUAUAUGUUGACUAGAAAAUUGGAGAAAAAUCAUAUAAUUACCCCCUAUAGACGUGGGAACAAUUUUAAAAUAAUUGAGCUAUUUUUAAACCAUUUAAAGACAUUUAAAUCUUGUAAGUUUUUUUCGGCUAGGAACACUAUGGAUACAAUUUUUAGAUUAAACAGUAAUGUAUGAUAAUUUUAUAUUAGAUUCUUUAUAAAGAUUACUUAGUGGAACGGUAUCGUACUUGUAGUAGUCAACAAGAAAAAGUUGACUACUAUGUAUAAUUUUUUUUUAGAUAUUAUAAUUCUUUUAAUAUCAAAUUUUGACGGAAAUCGUAAAUAUUACGGCCUUUCAAAAUAUUUGUAACUGAACUCCAUUCAGAAUCGUUGUUCAUUAGCAAUGAUCGUUUAAUCGUUGCAAACAGAUGUAUAAUAAAUUAUCUCUAUAAUGUUCUACUUUCCUAACUUUUCCCCAACACCAGGGGCCCAUCUAUUUUGCGGAGUAUGUCCGUCUUUUUAACAUCGAGAUGAAAAAUAAUAAAAAUAAAAUUAAUGUCAUUAUUACAAUACAUUAUAGUUAAUCGAAUCUGUGACGGCGGACGGCACCAAGUUAUUGAUGGCAAUAUCCGCGGACGAACAUUGCGAUGGUUUAGAGGAUAGAUUAUUAAAACCUGAUGGUCAUCACGUGAAAGACGGAAAGACUGUGAUGCUGCUCUACCAGAACGAACGACGUCCGUCGCAGCCCAUGGACCGUCCGAAGAGAGAGGCCACGGAAGAACAGUGCAGGCAAGUGGUCACCGUAAACCCGGUAUACACGGGUGUUGUUCAGUUAUAGAUUAUUUUUCCAAUUGUAUUUCGUUCUGUUUAUCUGCAAAAAUUCAAAUACAUUAUACCAGCGGUUCCCAAACUGUGCAGCGCGCCACCCAAAGGUUGCGCAAACACCUAACAAGGGAGGUUUGAAUUUUUUACAUAUUGUUAUUUUUAGAUUAAUUAUGUGCCCGAUAACAAUUUUAUAGAAAUGAUUAUCUUAUCUUAUCCAUCCGAUUCUUUACUAAGAAUACAAUUUUCUUCAUAUUAACUUUUAGGAUAUUGGAACUGUAUUAAAGAUGAAUAUCCUGAAGUAAGCAACAAAGCUUUAGGUAUAUUAAUACCGUUUUCACAUCGUAUUUGUGUGAAGCAGGAUUUUCAACAGUAGCCGUAUUAAAAUCAAAAUAUCGGUCCAGACUCAACGUGGAAAUAGAAAUGCGUGUUGUAGUAACUACAUAAAUUCCUAAUUUUCAAAAAAUAAUAAACGAAAAACAAGCGUAUUUUUCGCAUUAAUUAUUUUGUAUAAAAUAAAAUAUUAAGUUUACUGUUAACUAAUAAAUAUUAAAUAAUUGUUAACCCAUUUUAUUAACAAUUCUUUGCGGGAGGAGUGAAAAAAUAUUUUUAUAUUUCGGGAGCCUUGAACUAAAAAAGUUUGAGAACCGCUGCAUUAUAUUAUACGAAAUAGGUUAAGUUGUCGAACAUUUGAAAAUAUAAACGAGUGGAUUCCUCGUUUAGUUACUAUUAUUGUAACACGAGCAAAAUAUUAACCACGAAUAUAUUAUUAAUAUUAUUAUUCUUUCAACAAAAUACACUUACCUAAUUUAAAAACGUGUUGAUAUUAGGUUUUCGGAUUUUGCCCAAGGCGAAUGGUUAAACUUGAGAGUCGACGGUGGGACUGCACAGUAUGUGCACGUCGUACACCACGACGAAAUUGACAGCGGUGAACAGAANAGGCGUGAAAUUUAUUUGGAUCCUACCGUGGUUGACGGAGAUGAAAUAAAGGUACGCUAGACAAAUACAUUCAAAACAAUUUUUAACCUAACUGAUAUGAGUUAGUUACCGUUGACUCGAACAAUUUUUUAAUCAACGUAACUUUUAACAGUUACCAUCAAUAUCUUGGUGCAGUGGUGGCUCUUAUUCUAAAUGCACGUGCACUAUUUACGUACCAAUAAUACAAUUUAAAAGUGUUGAACCAUAGUAACAGUAAUUUUAUAGUAAGCAGUUACCUGGAUUGUAGGUUUAUAUGAAAAUCGCGUUUCAACAUUUUAAGAGAUUCUGAAUAUUAUCACGAAACUUAAAAUUGGGUAAAUUGAGUUGUUUAUGGUGCGAAACGGCUUGGGUCGUCGUCGGGCACGGAAACGUGGAAUAAAUGGGAGACGUGAACCGUAACACAGGGGUAAAAAUUCAAACUUAUUAUUACCCGCUACUCGCGUUGUAAUGGAGUAAAUUGAUGUGCACGAUAAUAUUGUUUUAACGCACGGUGUAUAUAACCAGUUGAAAAUUGUUAUCAGCUGAAUAUUUUAAACAUCAUAGGCAGUCGUCGCACGUUGGCUUUAUUAUCUAUUUUUACUCUUGCUCGUGUUUAUAUAUUAAACCGGGUCUCCACCAUUGAGUUCUCACGAUGUGUUAUUCGCUAUUCGUUGAUAUUUGCCGAGUAGUAGGAACGGAGUACUUGUAAGAUAUUGUUGAUAUUGUUGACUUGUACUUUCGGUAUUCGUCACUCACUACCUUCCCAAGGAUUGUCGGUAAAAGUAACACGAGUCAAAGAGAUUAUCAGUAAAAUAAUAAUCGUGGAUACAUUCUCACGAUGUGACAAUUGAUAUUGGGUUAAAUUGGAUUCAAAUUAGGGGACCUUAAAUUAUUUUGGAAAAUCAAAAAAAAUGAUUUAUUUUAAGAACCAAAUAGACAAAGUCGCCAUUCGAAAAAUAUUUUACGCUCUAAAAACCGGAGCUAGAUUUUUUUUGAAAAGUUUUUUACAGACAGAAAAAAAACACAUCAUAGUACUCGCAAUACUCUGAAUUUAAAACAAACUAUGGACUCUGUAAUUCUUUCAAAAAUAUAUUACAAAAAUAUACAACAUUUUGAUAACAAUUUUGUAGAAAAGUAAACCUCUCAAAAUCCACUAACUAAAAAACGAAGACAAAAUGUUACAGAAGCAAAACCCGCUGCAAAAAAUUCUUUAAAUUUUUCGUAUCUAUUUUUGUUUAUUAAUUUCUCUACGUACAAAAAUAACAAAAUAACAUUCCAAUUUUAAUAAAACUGUUGAUGCAUAUCCUUUUUUAGAUUUUAAUAAACUUAAAAUCUAACUACAAAUAUUCUAAAAAAGAAUCGAUUUUCGUGAUAUGACUUCAUCAGUUCAUCUAUUGAAAUUUAUAAUUAAGAAUACUUUUACUCUGAUAAUUUCUAAAAGCUAUUGAUUUUUAUAAACAAUUUUAACUAUCUAAAGACUAAAACUGAAGCGAAAAAUAUUUUUCUACAUAGGAACUUUUUUUAAAAUAUUCAACGAAGGAAAAUCGGAUUACAGCCCUAAAAAUGCUAUCGAUUAAAAAACAAAUGAUAACUAAAAUUCCCACCUUUAAUGAAAAAAUAAAUAUAGGUCUACGAAAAUCAGAUAGGAGAAUUGAUUUUAUUUAUAAACACAUACUUGAAGUUUGAAAUUCAAUUGUUUUAAAAAAAAAUGAUAAUAUAUUCAAAUUUUUUUCUUUUUUGAAUUUAUUUUUAUAAAUUGGUACUACAUGAUAAAAAAUCCAUGAGUUGCCAUCGAUUGUAUUUCUGUCAUCUGUCUUAUCUGAUUAAAAUUAAAAUAACACAGUUGAUUAGUCUAUAAGAUCAAUACAAAACUUUUUUGUUUGUAGAUACGGAAUAUUGGAUCGACUGAGAAACAGCAUUACUUUCUGCAGAAUUCCCAUACUAUUAGAACCAGAAAGAUAAACAGAAACAAAAGGGGAUGGGACUGGGUAAAUCCGAUGAAUUGGUCGAAAUAUUUUACGCCAGCUCCCAGACUUGUACCAAGACCGACUCCUGAUCCUAAUGAAAAGAGUUUUGUUCAGGUAGAUAAAAAAUGAAAUUUAUGCUUAUAAUUUACUAAACACCGAAGGUAGCCUACCGGAUUACGCGGGAAGACAAAGAUGUAUGAUACAGUGGCGAUUCAGUGUAAAUAACAGGGAGUAACGAUAAAAUCAGUUAAACAUUCACAUUGAAUAAAAAUUUAUUAAUAAAAAACUAUCAGUCUUAACAUAUGUUUACACAUGGAACAAUUUAAUCACUGAAGAGUGUUAAAAAAAAAAACAAUCAAAUAAGGAACAGAAGAUAAUUCUUAAUAUUUUUUUUCGAAAAUGGUGUAGCUUAGUUUUAAAUGUGUAGAAUUUAAAAUGGAACUACUUUCAGGCUUACUAUUAAUAUGGAAGAUAAUUGAACAACAUUGGUUUACACUGUUUGUUUAUAGAUGAAAAUGUUGGAGAUGAAAAAUUACCCAGAAUGGAGGUACAACGACAAAUUGGGUUGGUUGAAAGUAAAACCUUCACAAGGGGAAACUAACGGUAAAAAGAACCGACAUUUAGAGAUGAGUUUUGAGAAAUUAAAUGUUCAUACCAAGAAUUCUACUACAAUGCAGGUAAAAAAAGGAAAAUAACCAUCAAAAAUUCAAAACUCCUACGUAUAAAUGCGUCUCAUAGACAUAAAAGUCAUAACACGGAUAAGGCUACAUUGGACCUCUGUUUCCGAUCCCACCAGAAAGGAUUUAAUACGAUAUCCGUUCAAACGCGUACAACGUAGUGGCAGCACAAUAUGAUUCGAUUACCUCUAUAGUUUUGUUUUUGCUAUUUUAGAACGCAAAUAGAUCUUCUUUUUCUUGAAAUCAUCAUUCUUGUUCAAAAUUAAAUUUGAAUAAUGAAGGAUAAGUUAUUCAAAAUAGGACUGUAAAUAAAAAAAAAAAGAUGUUCUGGUACUAUAAUAACGGGUGCAGCCACUGUUUAAGUAAUUUAAUGUUUAUCUGUAAUUAAAAAUAAACCAUUGCUAACGAAAAAACAAUUUUGAGUGGAACUCAGUUGAUAGUGAUGCUUUUGUCAACAAUAUAUAUGUCAUAUUAUAGUAUGAUAAUUAAAUAUGUAUAGUAUAUAUAUUUUUAAAAAUAUUUCAACUGAUUUUCCAAUUUUUACUACAUUUUUCCCGGGUUUCCCUUGUUUUUUCCCAAUUUUUCAUAUUUUUUGAGAGAAAUAAAUAAAGGAUCUUACUAAAGUACCUUCCUAGUCAGAUUUCCUUUUUGAAAAAUUGCUAUUAUUGUAAAUUGGAGCGAAAUUGUUUGUAGAAAAGUUGUAGAAAACAAAAAAAUCCGAAAUAUUUUUCAACUAAUACUCACAUAUAUAAUCGUACAUUUUCCCGGUUUUCCCUUGAUUUUUCCCAUUUUUUCAUUGUUGUUGAGAAAACUGAGAAAAUCGAAAAAAGACCUCCAUAUAGUACCACAGCAGUCCGAUUUCCUCUUAGACAAGUUGCCACACUUAAAAGUCGGAGCAAUUUAGAAACGGUGUACGGAUAAAUAACAAAUAACCAUCUUUGUAAAACCAUAACCUUCUUCGCUCCAUUCAGAAUAAAAAAUGUAUACUUAUAGUUAAUGGCACGUAUUCUAGUAUCAAACAACUCUGUUGAACGUAUACGCCUUAUUAUAUUGAUACAUCAUACUGACUUAAGAAAUACAAUCACGUUAUAAUAAUUUGACUACGAUAAAAGUCCAAAAAAAUUGUUUACUGAGAUAAAUACAAAUAUGAAAUAUCAAAUUCGUCCGAUGACUGUCAGCCAAUCCUGUAGCCACGAGCAUAUAACAGUGUGUAUUUAUUUUAUUUUGACUCGUCGGAGCUAAUCUAGUUGGAACGGAUCGGAAAUAGACCAAAUGUAUAGUCUUAGUCCAAGAGAAAAAUACCGUUAAAAAUAAUAACUGCGUAUCUUGUUGACGAGUUAAAGCACUCUGAAUGCCUGGCCAACCAAUACUUAAUUUAAAAUGUGCAUUAAAUUGUAUAUAUACCAAAAAUUAAAUAUGUAGCUUUUAUAAUUCAUAAGACACAAGCGUAUGACUGUAUUGCAAAAUGAUUGAUAGUUCAUUGAAAACACGAUCCGUACUAUAACAAUAAAUAAAUAACAUUUUAAAUGGUGUAUAUUGGAUAUCAAUUGUUUUUUUUUUUUCAGCAACAAAGAAACACGGAAAUUACAAAUCUACGGUUGCCAACUAGGCAACCAAUAAGAAUACAGAAACGAUCGAUUUUAUCGGAUGUCAUAGAUGACUCUGAUCAUAAAACCCAAUACGAUGCACCUAUAUCAGAUAGCGAUAUACCAUAUAUUUCUAAUCUGAAAAUACCUAAAGAUAAGGUAAAGAAAAACAAAACCCAAACCGUAUAUUUCAUACUAGUUAUUACGAAUAUUUCAUAUUACAUACUAGUUAUUCAAUAAAAAUACUUGAAUUCAAAUGUUCACUACUUUGUGGUUACAGAUGUAUUAUGUUAAUGUUAAACUUAAAAUAAAAAAUUAAACUAUUCGAGACCUUCUCAAAGCUAUAUAAUGGGUGGAGGACAAGGGAGUAUCUUCCUAGGGCUCGAAAAGUGCCAAAUAUUUAUGAGACAGCAAAUUUUAAAUUUAUGCUCUAAAUUUUAGUAAUAUAUUUAGUACAUUUUCCCGUUUCUUUUCGGUUUUUCAAAUUUCAUUAGAAAACUCCAGACAAAAUAGAAAAAUUUCCUUUCUAAUGUACCUCCCUUGUGAAAUUUUAUUUCAGAAAUAUUGCAAAUAUUAUUAGUUUGAGCAAAUUUGCUGAUUGAAAAUGUGUGCACAGGAAAAUAGUCGUAAUAUUUUAGUAGACAUUUCGUAAACUUUAACGUAUUUUUUUUCGAUUUUUCAAAUUUGAUGAAAAAAAACCUGAGAAGACCAAAAAACAACCAACUUGAAAUACCUCCCACACUGAUUUUCCUUUGGAAAAGCUGUUAAAAAUCUGAGCAUGUUACUGGUAGAAAAGUUGAGUACAGAUAAAAAAAAAUUAAAAUAAAAUUAACAUCAUUGUAAAACCAUAAGCUUAUUCUCUCCACUCAGAAUCUAAAAGAGUACAUAAUAAAUUAUUUGCAGGGAUAUCAAGGAGAUCAAGAUGACCCGAAUGAUCUGGAUGACUUGGAUAAUCUAUACGAUUUACAAGGCGUCGAUAAUUUAGAUGACUUUGAUGAUCUAAAUGAUCUACGUUUAAAUAAAAACAAAAAAAUUGCCACCGACAAAGUUGCAAUGGAUGCAAAUAUUGCUGAUGAUUCAAUUAACAACAUCAGAACUCGACGCGAUUUAUCACCGCCGAUUUGCCGAUGUGCAGUUAACCAGAAGUUAAUAAUUCCGGAAUCAACUAGCAAGACCGAAAUAAUAACAAGCACUACCGAAAAACCAUAUAAAUAUAUAUUCCCAAAAAUGGUUCCCCGGGGACGAAGGUCUAUCUUAUACAAUGCUGAGGAUAAAUCCAUGUUGUGUGACUGUAAGAACUAUGAGGAGGACACAGUCGCAACAACCGAAAAGAUUAUUAAAUAUAUCUUCCCAAAAAUGGUUCCUCGUGGACGUCGUUCCAUAAAUUCAUAUCCUCAUCCCUAUAAUAGAACAAUAUUACAUUAUAACGAUGAAACUACGACCGAAAAAAAAUUCUCUAAAACUGUUUCUCGUGAACGGCGUCAAGUACGGGGUGGCUUAUGGCGUGCCUUAGCUCCAGAAAUCAUUAAAACCUUCAACUCAAUGUUUGAAUCAUCAACCACUAAAAUACCAAUACAGAUUAUACAGAACGAUAAUGAUCACAAUAUAUUUCCAACUACAACCGAAACAACUGAUAAAUAUGUAUUUCCAAAAGUGGUUCCCCGCGGAAAGCGUUCCGUAUCUGAAGCUAAAGUUAUUCCUGUUACUGAGUUUGUCACGGAUUUCGAUUAUGAGGUAACAUAAACAAAAAACAAAUUAAGUGGAUAUCAUACCACCCGUAAUUUAACUGGAUUUUGUUUCUCUGCUAAACCUAAUUGAAGAUAUUUGUUUUAAACUUUCGUUUUUUGCCCCGUCCUUUCAUUAACGUAUUCAAAAUAUNUGAAGCUAAAGUUAUUCCUGUUACUGAGUUUGUCACGGAUUUCGAUUAUGAGGUAACAUAAACAAAAAACAAAUUAAGCGGAUAUCAUACCACCCGUAAUUUAACUGGAUUUUGUUUCUCUGCUAAACCUAAUUGAAGAUAUUUGUUUUAAACAUUCGUUUUUUGCCCCGUCUUUUCAUUAACGUAUUCAAAAUAUUAGUGCUAUUGAAAAACACUGAAGAACACUACGAAACACAUAAAGUUCUUGUACAUAUUUUUAAAUUUUGAAAGCAUUUAACUGCAUUAAACUCAAUUUUUUUUUUUUAAAUGACUAAGUAUAACUUAUAAUGUNUUCAAGUAGUUAUCCAAGUCUGACAAAUUUUCAUUACAGAUAACUACCAAAUAAAAAUAUAUGCAAAAACACGAAAAUAUUAAAUAAUUAUAUAGUUUUUCAAAAAUUAAAAACACUUAAAUAGAGUAAUAUCAUGGUAUGACGUAAUUGUUUGCCUUUUAAGUUAUAAUUCUCUUUCUAGAUUUUUCUAAUUAUUUUGGAAACCCCUUGGAAAAUCUAAAUAAAAUUUCUAUAAUGCACAACAAGAAAAAAUUACAAAAUCGUUGUGGAUAACAGUGGGUACUGUAAGACGCAACUAAUACGACUUUUAUCAAAAACCAUUAACAUACAUGUUUUACUAUAGUCUAAAAUAUUAUAUUUUGAUCAAUAUGAUUGUUGGUUUACAGAAAUAUGUUAUCCAGAGGGACAAUGCAAGAUCUAGGCGUUCGUUAUCCGAUGUCAUAGCAUCGAGUCUUCCUAUUCCGUCCGGACCAACUCCACCACCGAGUCCACCACCUACACCUCCGUAUACCCCGCCAAGAACCCAAUCGAGAGUUCAUUCUACUUACAAUUCAAUGUUUGAGGCUAAAGAUUUGAUAAAGUCGUUUGACAUGUUAAUAGAAGAGUAUGAACAAUUAAUUAACAACGAUAAAGAACAUAAGGAAACACGGAGAAAGCGCAGUUUCACACAAAAAAACAACCCAACUAAAUAUAGAUGGCGUUGUGUGAGAAGUGUUAAUAACGAGGAUUAAGAAUAUAAAGAUCCAAGUUUUGAUGAUUAAUUAAUUUGUUAUAUUUAAUGUUAAUACCAUUUAUUCUAGUGACAACGAAAAUAGUUCUACGCCGAUCAACAUAGGAAACGAUUAUAACAUGACUUACAGUUGUCUGUGGUUUGUACCUAGAGGCCCAAAUAUAUUGGAAUAUUCUGUUGUUGGUUAGUAUAUGAUGUUUGUUAAAUAUCGAUAAGUAGAAACCUGGAACUUGAAAACAAAAAAUACAUGAUAUAAUUAAUGUCAAAUAUCAAAAUAUUUCAUUAAAUAUUGUCUGCUCGUAAAUAUAAUUAAAGUUUAUAAACUUUAUUAAACGUUCAGAAAUUUAACCAAUAACUCGUCUGUGAAUUUUAUUAUAAAUCCAUAAAAUAUAAAAAAAAACUUUAAAAUAACGCUCAGCAUUUUGUUUUAUCAUUCAGUAUAAUUUAUGAUGAACCCAUUUUCAAUUUUUGUAAAAUUAAUAUGAGCCAAUAAAAUGUUAUCCACAUCAAACAAGUUUUAGAAAAUGUUACUACAAAUAACUACAAAUAACUAAAAAAAAAAAAUACGAAUUUAUUGAGUUCUAGGCAUUACUCAUAACUAUGUCGUAUAAUUUUUAGGCACUGGCCUGCCAAAACCAGACCAGGAUAUGAAAAGCUUUGCACGGGAACUCUGUAAGGAGAAAAAGUCGGAAAAUCGUGGUUUUGAUGUUAACAAGCAGAAAAACCUUAAUCCCCGCCGUCAGUGGUGGGUCACGGAACCCAGUGAGUUUAAACUUCUAUACUAAAUCCAAACAAACGAUGUGCUCACCAUGGAUGAUCACUUACCCGAUCGACCAAUCACAACCAUGGUAAAUAAUUCUCAUGUAUUUUUUGGUUUACAGGAACAACUGGCAAAUCCUACGUUCCCGUUGAGUGUCCCGUGCUCCCUGGUACGUUAUUCUAUGGCGUUGUACCUGCUCCGCCACCGCCACCACCAGCUGCGGUCGCAGCCGCUAUUGCUGCCGAUCCUGAAGUUGGACAGCGGACCAUGCCCCAACGUCAGUACUGCGCCAUGUUGGUUUCUUCGGCUGACGACUGUUGUAAUAACGGGAAACGGGGAAGUACGGACCGCAUGAAGUACACCGUUUCCGAGUGUGUGAACCAGGAUCCAGCAACGGCCGGAAACCCACCGACAUCGAUUCCACCACCAUCAACACCGCCGAGCACCGGAUUAUUUGAAAGUCAGUUUUUUUAUAUUGUUUUAUUAUAGAAUAUAAAGUUUAGAAGUAGGAAGUAUAGCGCGGGAGGGGGAACGGGAGAGAAUGUCAGAUGUAACAAUUAUCAUGUUGAUAGAAGAAUGGAUGAAAUGAAAACAUGAGGAAUAGUCAGAAAAUUGUGAUAGAUAGGGAGACUUAGAAGGCAAGAUUAGCUGACACCGUCUGCGCAUAUGAUAAAGAGAAGGAGAUUAAUAAUUUUAUAUUGUUCGGUAACUUUUGUCCCACGAUUACAGGCUAACCUAUCUAGUGAUCAUUGCAAUCGCGAGUUAAAUCAUAUCACUGCAAUAGUUAUCAAUUCCACGGCUCUUAUGUCGUACUGUACGGGUCUACAAGUUACGGGCCGUGGGAAACUAGCUUAGAUGAAACUUGAUUUUAGUGUUUUUAGAUAAUUAUAAGGCGAUGUUCUACUUCAAAAAUUAUACACGACAAAGGCCACAUGUAUUUGGCAAUACUUUAAACAUUUUAGGUUGGAAAGAGCUAUACGUGCAGUCGUAUAACAGUCAUCAUUGAGCGUAUUUUCUUAAUUUGUUCCCCAAGUGUAAAAAUACCUAGAUCCGGCUCUGUCUUUAGUAUAGUCCCUUGGAAAUUUACGAUAUCCUCAUCCACCCCGGGAAAGAAGUUCUAAAUUAAACACUGGAGUGAACGAACCUCAUUACCAAUAUGGAUUUAAAAAUUGUUCCCCCUUCAGAACUAGGAUAUAUCCGCCACUGCGUCACCAAAGCCACAGUGUAUGUUUUUCAUGUUUUCGACAUCAGAUGUUUAAAAAUAAUAUUAUUUGCAACAACACCGCACGUGAAAAACAUAUUUACAUACUCGCGGAAACGGGAAAUCGUUAAUGUAAUAAUCAUUAGGGACUCUUGCGAAAAUUAUUCAUAAUCCAUUAUUCAUAAUAUUCUAAAUUCUAUAUUAAUAUAAUAUUCUAUAUCAUAUAAUAUUCUAUAUUAUAUAUACAGAUGUAGGCCGUAUGAUAACGGUGGUAAUAGAAACGUACCAGUUCUUGUCUUCCAUAGGUGGUCACAUUUCUGUUUAUAUUUCUUAUAGCUUAUACAACGUUCCUUAACAGGACACGCGUUAUGCAACAACACCGCACGUGAAAAACAUAUUUACAUACUCGCGGAAACGGGAAAUCGUUAAUGUAAUAAUCAUGUAAUAACCACUCUUGCGAAAAUUAUUCAUAAUCCAUUAUUCAUAAUAUUCUAAAUUCUAUAUUAAUAUAAUAUUCUAAAUUCUAUAUUAAUAUAAUAUUCUAUAUUAUAUAUACAGAUGUAGGCCGUAUGAUAACCGUGGUAAUAGAAACGUACCAGUUCUUGUCUUCCAUAGGUGGUCACAUUUCUGUUUAUAUUCCUUAUAGCUUAUACAACGUUCCUUAACAGGACACGCGUUAUGAUCGGUGACCGGUACGGACAGAUUACUAAACGGCUAUGAUAAUCACUUCUCUUUGAUCUUAUAACCGACCCUAUUGUUCGUCCAUUCAACUGUUUUGUCUCUUUUCAUCGUCAUCGAUAAUUGAAACACAUGAGGUCGUUUGUAAAAUAUUAUCAUGGACGCGUUUAGAGCAUCUAAAAGAUACUCAAAUAAAAUUUUAGUCGUCUAGCUACAAAUAGCUUUUAUCAGGGAAUGGUUGGUUCCCGCCAAAAGUGAACCUUUCUAUUUUUCGUAAUAUCAGCAAAUUGAUUGAUUCCCUUUUCCGACAAAUUAAAAAGGUUAGUCAAAUAUUCAAAUAUUAAUGGUCGAUUGUAUCUAUUAAGUUAUUAAAUUAUUAAUUAAGCAAAUAAACAUCUUUGUAAAACCAAUAUAUUCUUUGCUCCACUCUGAAUCUAAAAUAUCAAAUAUAUAAUAACUUCUUUUUUUUAGUAUUGAAUAAGUUCAAACUUAUUUUAUCAUAAUUUUUCCGUCCUCAGAUAUUUAUAACUUUAUGAAACUAAUAGUAUAUAGCUAUAGUACUUUAUAAGAAAGUACAUUAUAAAAUAUUAACUAUAAAUUAUACCUAGGACAUUUACUCGCAUAUUUUAUGCGAAAUUUGUUAAUUUAAUUAAAUUUAACCAUCCCUGUAAUGCUCAUAACUGUUAAUGUUCAUUUUUUUUUUUUCAAUCGGGUUUUGUGUCUGUAAUUUGAACGUAAUAUAUACAUUCAUAUUCAAUUAAUGGUUUCUUAGUUACAUUUCAAUAUUAUUCAAUUCCUAGAACUACUUUUUUUAUUUGACGGAAGUGAAUUGGCAGGAAAGGGAAAGGUACGAUUUUGGAGGAAACGGGUAACUCCCUUUUUAUUAUCGGGAAAUUGAAAUGGGUAUUUAUAAGCAUGUUGAGUAAAGGAUGAGAAGGUUAAAAAUGUAGGUAAAGAUAAGUGGACGAGCGUCUGUAAAUCCACAUAUCUCACAUAUCUGUACAUUAUGUUUCUUCAUUUACAUCGUCUGAGACAAAAGUCAAAGUUGUCUGUCAGACAACUUUCGAGUAUAUCCGUGUGAUGAGGUCCCUAGAAUUACGGGAAAAUGGACGAAUGGGAUCACCGACGUAAUGUUUUUAAGCCACAGACGGUUAUGAAUGAAUUUUAACUAAACUUAGUCAAUUUGCCUUGGUAUAAUAUCAUUCUUAUGUAAACGAUUUAAGAGAACGUUCCGAUCAUCAGUGCUUUAUUAUUAUUUUUUACGAUAAUAUUGUAAUGCGACAGCGCCAUCAAGAGGAUAUGCUGACGAUUACGGCGGUAACAGACGAAGAAACAAACGUGACGGACAAUUUGACACGGCAAACGUCACUUCUGACCAUAAGCCGGCUGUUGCCGCUCCUACAUCAGAUUUGUUGCCUAAAGGUUCGGCUACCGUGACUAUUUUAACUGUAACCCCUACUGCUGAAACCGCCACUAUUUCUUCGCCGUCAUCGCCGUCACAACCUUCUGACGCCACUACCGCUCGUCUUCAGCCGACAGAUCCACCUUCGACGGCUGCCACUUCAACAGCCACUAAUACUGCUAAAGGCAUUUCUAGUACUCCAACUGUCAUCGGCGAUACACACAGUAGUAGAAGUAAUGACGAUAAUAAAAGUAGUAACACGGUUUUCGUCGAUAGGACUGUCACCACAACCAUGACUGCUGCCACUGCUCCGACCGCUACCACCACUACGACCGUUGCCACAUCUAGGACCAUUGCUACGCCAGCAGUCACUGCAAACCAGCAGCACCAGAAAACUAUGAUGACGCCUCCAGGAAAUCUCCCUCCACGUCCGGUGUUAUCGAGCACUACUACUAGUGCGGCAAACGAUUAUUACUACCGCCAACAGCAGCAGCAGCAACAACGGCAACAGUGGCAGAAUAACAACGAUUAUUACCACCAGGAACGACAGCAACAGCAAUACACUCCACCACCACCCCGCAGCACUAGCAUGGAUUAUAAUAAUUACUAUUAUCGGCAACGGCAGCAGCCACAGCAGUGGCCGACACAACAACAACAGCAGCCACAUUACCAGUGGCCGGCAGCGCAACAACAGCCACAGCCGCAGUACCAAUGGACAUCGAGUCAACAACAGUGGCAAACGUCGCAACAACCGAACUUCUAUCAUAACGGUUAUCAGUCGCAGACCAUGGGCCCCAAUAGCGGACGCAGGACGGACGAUUAUUAUUACCGCCAGCAACAACAAAACUAUCACUAUCAACAACCGUACAUGAACAAUGGCAGCCAACUGCCAGCGGUUACCACUAUUCCGUCGACGCCGAUGUCGUUCGGAACGGCCAAUGGUUGGCGAAACGGGUCGUUUGCGGGCAUCCAGUCGAACGGCGCUGCCGGCAGUUGGAACGUACACGGCGACCGACCGCUGUACGUGAGUGGAAGCAAGGACAACGUCCGAGACAUACCAGUGUUAUUGAACAGUACGGUUCCCGGUGUCGCAGGAGUUAACGGCGGUGGUUGGACGACCGCAGCGCAACAGCACUGGUGGCAGCAGCAACAGUCACGGCAGCAACAGAACAACCGAGCUGCAGGCGGUAUACUAUCGCUGCCGCCCGUGCCGUUGCCACCCCUGCAAGUGGACCAGGCCACCGUUACCGGUUCGAUCGGACCGCUGGCCUCGAUACCGGGGCCGGCACCGUCGCCGCAGCAACUCCACGGACAACAGAAACCCGUCAAUCACUACUACCAACCGACGCCGUCCUCCAAAACGACGGUUUCGUCACCGCCGCCACCACCACCACCGACCUACCGUUUGAUGCCUAAGUCCGAGAGCCGGUACUACGAAGGUACUAUUAUACCUGUACCAUAUUGACCCACUCCGUCACCGACAAAACGAAUGAACGAACGACAGAGCAGUUCUCACUAAAUAUCACAAUCACCAGUUACCCUCUCCAGUACCAUUACCGUAAAAUGCCUCCUGGCCUUAAACUCGUUAUACACCGCGCACCACCACGCACUAUAAUAGUGUUCCGGUUAUUACCAAAAUAAUAAUAAUAACAAAGACACAUUAUAGUAUUAUAAUAAAAUUGUUGUUUAUAAUAAUAAUUUUGCACAUUAAUCACAUAAUCACAGUUUUUAUAUGAUUUUUUUUUUUAUGUAGUCACGAAUAAUUAACCGUUAUUCAUAAUACAAUAUGUUAUUAAUGGAUCGUUUCUCCAUAGACCGAGAGUAUCAAUGUCUCGGCGAAUGGUCCGAACAGGUCCAACAAUCCGGUCCAACAACUGGCGAUAAAACGCUAACGUACACGUACAUGUACGUCAAGCGUGUUGAUCCUGGAGUCGGCGGGACUGCCGUGUACGAAUGUUUCGUUGUCACUACCAUUCCCAACGACCCGGGCCAAAACCCGGAAACCACGACGACAAUAUUAUUGACAGAAGCCGGAACGGGCACCAGAUGCAGUCGCCAGGCGGAUCCGUACAUGUCCGGGAUGAAACUUGUCGGGACAAAAACAAGAGGUAAUAUAAUAAUUAUUAUAUUAUUGUUUGUAUUUUAACAAGUAAAAUGAGGAGUGGCUGAAUGAAAAGAAAAGGAGCGACGGAUAUGUCGGGUGCCGUUUGUGUUAAAAAGGAAAUUUGACAACACUCAAUUGUAAGAUCAGCGAUGACGAUCGGGUUUGAGUGUAGGGUAAAAUUAAUGAAAUAAUACGAGUCAUUAUUGGCAAAAAUGUUGAGUGGUCGAUGACCACAUCGGCGAUCGUUCGAUGGCUCUUUCAGUGCUAAUGUAGUGUUUUCAUUUCGAAUUUUGACGAGAAACUAUUUCCAUAUGAAAACCCAUACCCAUAUGAAUAAAAUCCGAAAAAAAACUCGUCUAUCCUCCUUCCCCCGUGGUAAUUUCGUUCACUCUCGGGCCCGUGUCCAAAAUUUACGCUUGACACCUUGUACUCGUGUACAGGUCCUUAUGCGGGACCCUCGUCGGCCCCGGCACAAGGGCCCGCGGGAGGGUCUUGGCAUCCGGUCAGACCGCAGCAGAUCCCUUCACCUUCCGUUGUCGGUGCCGAUAACGCGGGAGGAAAAUGGUAUGCCGCGCCCCCCGUGCCGGUGCAGAGUCCGACCGUGGCCACGCCAAUCAUUACCGGCAGACAGUCUUGGAAGCCGACGGGCUCUGUUGGAAACGGUAAGCGUGGAUUUUACCGACACUAUGCGGAGUGCAUUCAUUUUGACCGUAGAACGCAUGCACUGUGAAACGUUGAUUGUCUGUUGAGCUUAUGUUUGACAGGGUUCAGGUGGUGGAUUUUUAAAUUGUCCCCGAAUAUGAUUGCUGUUCAGUGGACAACAUACAGCCGCACAACGAUCACAAGUUAUAAAUCGAACACUCGCACAAUGGUUAGCACACUGCAUGGUGUGAUUUUAUUUUUAGACGCGGUGAAUGUUCCACUUGAUCGUAUACUUUUAUCCUCAACCGCACAACACGCAAACACCGGCAAAAAUAAACGAAUAGUUUUACUAAAUCGUUUGUUUUGUGUUUUAUUAGAAUUGUCAACAAAUUAAUUAAUUUUUGCAUCUCAUCACGCAGACCUUAUAAAUUAAAUGUUCGAUUAUUGAAUAUAGAUAAAAUUAGUGGCGUGCUUAGGAAUUUAUUGUAUCACUGUUCGGGUAAAACAUAAUUUCCUUAAGAAAAAGUCAUGGGGGGCUCAUCGACUAUUAUCUUCAAUAUGUAUACUCAUACGCAUUAAGAAUUAAAUAAAAUAUUAUUUUGAUAUUCGUAAUUUAUUAUCAUAAUAGUUUAUCAUAGAUCACACAACGCAAACUAACACAAAAAUUAAGAAUUUUCUUAUCUUGAAAUAUCAUUCAUCCUAUAAAAUCUAAACGCUACGAUAUCAUGAUAAUAGAGGAAAAUAAAGUAGAUAAAAAAAAAACAUAGCCUGAUACCUGGGACGGGUGUGCCAUUGUUGUAGGUGGGAAGUCGGAAAGGUAGGAUACAUAAAGUUUUUGUUUUUUUUUUUAAGUAACGAUAAACUAUUGCUAAUCGAAAACGCUUCAGAGUGAAGUUUGGUUACACAUCUUUUAAAAGGCCAUAAUAUUUAAGAUAUUCGUUAAAAUUAGGUUCUAAAACUCGUAUAAAAUAAGUACAUUACAAUUUUUUUUUUGUUUUUAAAUACUCAGUAUGACAUAAAAUGAACAUCAUGUCAAAUUUUCAAGCAUUUCUAUUUGGUCUAAAAANAUAAUUUCUUUCCAGCUUUCAAGAAUCUCCGAAUAUUUUUAACUGAACUAUAAUAAACAAAUAAUAAAAGCAUAAUUUUUGUAAAUUUUCUCGUUCGUUCUACGUAAUUGUUCAUUAUUAAAAAAAAAAAUACAAGGAAGUCUAAAAAACAAACGUUUCUGGUCAUUAACAAGAUUAAAAAUUCACCCAAAAAGGUCUCUUGUAAUUUUUCUAAAAGAAUAAUAUUUCCCAUAGCAUAAAUAAAUCGUAAUAAUUGAAAAUAUUUUAAUCGUAAUCCGUAAAUUUGUUCGUUCUUCUGUUUUCCUAUUAAGAAAACUACUUUGAAAAUCAAAAAACGACUUUCUACGUGAAUAUCUAGAUUAUAAUUGACUACAAUUAUCUAGAUCCAAAAUUCAAUAAAAAAAGAAUUCCUGUUAUUUUUUUUUUUAGAGAAAAAGUUUUACUAAAAAAUGGUUUGCAAAAAUUAAAAACAUUAAAAAUGGUAUCCUCAUUGUGUGAUAUAAAUAUUUGCCGUUUUACCCAUAAUUUUCUUAUAACUAUUUAGAAAUUCCCUCUGAAAAUCAAAAAAUGACCUGCUUAAUGCACAAACUAGAAUUAAAUUUCUUCCAGAAAAGUUCCUACACUCAUAUCCGUGAAGUUGGUUCUCCAACUGUGUUCGAUCGAUAUCAGGCCUGUAAUUUGCAAACUUUAACUUGUGCUUUUGGAAUUAUUUCAAAAUUGCGGAAGGGCAACUUCACGUAGCCCCCACAUCGUCCAAUCGAUUUCGGACCAUUGCCGAUAUUUUGCAAGUACUUUGCAAAAUUCACUUUCAGAAUUUGCAAAUCACACGCAACCACGUAACUUUUUAAUUUUAGAGUUAGGGGAUAACUCCACUUACGUAUCGUUAGAUGGUAGAAAGAAAACAAAAAUUACUGUCGAAUUAAUUUAACUAUUUAAAACGAUAUAUUUAUUUAUAAAAAAUGUAGUUGUAAUAUUUUAGAUUUUGUUUAUAAAUAUAUUUUAUAAAACAGUUAUAUUGAGUGGCGUGAUUACAUCGGGAACUUGCACUCCUUGGUGUUACGCAGCAGGUGCAAAAGUAUUUAUUCUGCACGCAUUUGUCAAAGCUAAAUUCCAAUCCAAAUAAAUAGAAUGCUGUUUCAUUAUUUUGUUGACAUUUUUAAAAUGUGUUCCUUUAGUAGUUAUAUUGCAACUACUAGAGGUUGAGCGUAAAUGUUUUCGUAUAAUUUUUGCAACUAAACACUCUUAACAUAUUUAAAAAAAAAAAAUGAAUAAAUUUAUAGAAUUUCCUUGUUUUAAAAAAAUGAUCUCAUUUUCAAAGAAAAAGUCUAAGUAGUGGUGAUAUAGUAUCUGGACAUUGGUUAGAUUCGGCAUGGCUAUUUAUACAUAUUUUAUUUAAAAUUUGAAUAAUAUAUAAUUUACAUUUGUUAAUAUAAAUAUUGUAUUUUUUAUAUGACAUUAUGACAUAUCAUGCAUUAUAUUUAAGUAUGUAAAAUAUAAUCUAGUUUAUGUUGAUCAUAUUUGAUAUUGGCAUAAUAUGUUAUAAAAUGAAAAACAAAAAGACAAUUUUUCACUCGACUGAAGCAAACCCGGUUUCAAUAUUACUUAAUAUUAAUUGUCUCAAAAAUACAAUUAUUGGAUACAUUUUUGCACCUUUGCUGAAGUAUAAUUAAAUUACUUCUGUGUUUUAUAAAAUUUUGAAGAUGAAAGAUUUAAAAAUCAUAAAAAUACAAAAAAAAAAAAAAAAAAAAAAAAAAAAAAAUGAAAUUAGCGAAACUCAAUUUGCUGUCAUUUAGNAUAAUUUCUUUCCAACUUUCAAGAAUCUCCGAAUAUUUUUAACUGAACUAUAAUAAACAAAUAAUAAAAGCAUAAUUUUUGUAAAUUUUCUCGUUCGUUCUACGUUAUUGUUCAUUAUUAAAAAAAAAAAAAUACAAGGGAAGUCUAAAAAACAAACGUUUCUGGUCAUUAACAAGAUUAAGUCAAUUGGAUAUAGGUUGCGCGAAGUUGGUCACUAAUACUAAAAUAAUUGUCACGUGGAAACGAAUGAUUUCCAAAUUCUGAAAGUGAGUGAAUUUGUAAAUUAUUGAAAACUAUUUGCCAAAUAUUUCCACCUGUCCAAAACCGUUGGACGAUGGGGGGGGGGGACUACACGCUACAGUACUACACUCUUUACAUCGGAGCAAGAUUUCUGGUAGAAUAGUUGUUCAGAGAUAAAAUAUAAAAACCACACAUUAUAGUAAAACCAAUAUCUCGGUACGUUUCGAGUUUAAAACUACAUAAAAUUAUUAAUUUAUUAUCAAACAUUAAAUAACUGAAUACUGUUAUCACCUUACAGCCUUACAGCCCUUGUGAUAAUUCGUCAACCACGGCCGAUGUGGGUGAGAAUAAACCCAUUCAUACUUCCCCCCCCCUAUCCAUAAAUACACUACUGGAUAAAAUAGAAAAAUAUUGCACCAAAAUAUACAAAUUGAUAUGCCCGCUAAAUGCACUCUCUCUCUAUAUAUAUAAGGUACCAUCUCAUAUAUUGUGUAGAAAUCAAAUUAUAGUUUAUUCAAAUUUCAACGCUUACACUAUUGCAUCAUUACCCAACACGUGGCUCGGAAAGCACCGAAAACUAAUGGAAAAAUGUCCGUAUCCGGAUGAUGUUAUUUAAUAGCGUACUUAUGUUAUUAUUAAAUUAAAUGUUAUUCGUCAUUAUAACCGAUUCAGUCAGCUUUUGAAUAAAACAAAUACAAAUAUAAAAUUAAUUAAAAAAUUUAAACUUUUUCUGUGAAAUUUGAUGUAUAUAUAAGCACUUGAAAAACAUAAACAUGAGAAAGAUGGAAAAAAGGGAGAAAUCUAUUAUUGUAUAAUACAACUGGUUUCUAAAAUUUCGUACAAUACUAAAACACGCGACAACGAUUUUGUUAAUGUAAUGUAAGGCAAUGGUUAUUGGGUGGAAUAUAUGAAAUAUCAAAACUAUAAUAACGUCAUAUGAUUCAUUCGUUUGAAAACUGAUUAUUGUUACUAAUAUAUUAUAUAUUUCGUCCCAGCCAAUUUUUGCCGUUUAAUUUAUUGUUUUAUAGUUUUGUCUUUCGAUUGUUCUCUUUAUUUUUUUGGUUUAUAAAUAUGUUCUAACAUUUCUAACAUAUGUUAUCACCAAAAUAUCUUAAACCACUACUCUACGGGUAUUUGUUUGGCAAAAAAGUAUAAUAAGAUAAGUCUUUUUACUUGACUUGAGCCAUUUGUAAAACGUUAUUAUUUACAGCAGACCAUAUAGCAAAUUUGCCAUUUAGUAGCAAUGCCAUUAUGUCAUUUUCAAACCUUUAAUUUAUUUGUGUUGAAAAUUAUACGUAACUGACUCGGGACCAAAGAUUUGUUGUUUUUCUCGCCAUUACGCCAUGCCGUAGAAGACCAUCAUGACAGAAUAAUAAUAAUAUUGAUCCUAAAUAUUAACCAAUUUCAUUUUAAUGAAAUAUUUUUUCGAUCCGGUACCUAAUGGUUUUAUUUUUUUUUAGGUAACGCAGGUAAUGUGGCUGAAAAACCAAGCCAACCUCCACCCUUCAUGGUGUUUUUCAUAUCCUUUGCCGUCUUGGUGGCCGUACCGGCGUUCAUACACAUGAAUUCUUAA